AUGAUCUAAUUUAAUUCAAACCCCCUCAUUGGACCUAAACAAAUCUUUAUGUAACCUCUAGACUCUUAUAAAAAUCAUGAUAUUGAUGACACUUAAUGCACAGAUGACUUUACAAAUAAAUUUUUAUCAUAAAGCAAUUACUCUAUUUAAGAAACUCUUCAAAAUUAGAUUGACAAAGGUAAUAUAAAAAAAGGCACUAAGAAAAAGGUUAAGUUUAACCUAAAUAUUGUUCACUGUUAAUUUAAUCAGAAAGAGCCGGUUAUUGCUAUUGGAAGACUAGUUUAAAAGUUGAUUAAUUAGAGACCCAAUCUUGAAUGGGUUAAUCCAUAGAUCUAAAAAAACUAAUGA